GGCCAGACGAUAAACAGUCACGUCAAAGCGACACGCAGGAAGUAGUUGUUCUGCGGUCCAAAUAACAGCACAAAAAUACAAUGGUUUCGCACAGUCCUUCACAGCGCUAUUUGAGCACGAGAGGCGGCUCCUACGAUCUGUCGUUCGAGGAAGUCGUCCUCAAAGGCCUCGCCAGUGAUGGAGGCCUGUUCAUUCCUGAGGAGGUCCCUCAAUUGCCCUCCGACUUCUUGAGCAAAUGGAAGGACUACACUUUCCAGCAAUUGGCCUACGAGAUCUUCUCUCUCUACAUUUCGCCCGACGAGAUCCCAGCAGCAGACUUGAAAGACAUUAUUCAACGCAGUUAUGCCUCGUUCCGCGCUUCAGAUAUCACGCCUGUUGUCACCCUCGACGAGACGAAGAACCUCCAUCUGCUCGAACUCUUCCACGGACCGACAUUCGCGUUCAAGGAUGUAGCAUUGCAGUUCGUGGGCAAUUUGUUCGAGUACUUCCUUGUGAGGAGAAAUGCGAAGAAGGAAGGCAAGAGCAGAGAACACCUGACUGUCAUUGGCGCGACGAGUGGAGAUACAGGCUCAGCAGCAAUUUAUGGAUUGCGAGGCAAGAAGGAUGUCUCCGUGUUCAUCAUGUACCCCAAGGGCAAGGUCAGCCCUAUUCAAGAGGCGCAGAUGACUACGGUGACAGACGCGAACGUGCACAAUCUGGCUGUGGAGGGUACAUUUGACGAUUGUCAGGACAUUCUCAAGACGCUGUUCGCCGACCAGGAGCUCAACUCCACUCACCGCCUUGGUGCUGUGAACAGCAUCAACUGGGCACGCAUCCUCGCCCAGAUCACCUACUACAUUCACGCCUACUUCACGCUGUCACGACAGACCGCGACCACAAAUCCAACUGCACGCUUCGUCGUCCCAACCGGCAACUUUGGCGAUAUUCUAGCAGGCUACUUCGGCUCGCGCAUGGGCCUACCCACCGACAAGCUAGUCAUCGCAACAAACGAGAACGACAUUCUGCACCGCUUCUGGAAGACCGGGUACUACGAGAAGCAGGCUCGACACGGCAAGGAAAUCGAAGGUGGAGGAGCAGAAGUGGAAGACGGAGCAAAAGCAGACCCCAGCGGCGUCAAAAUGACCUACGCCCCAGCCAUGGAUAUCCUCGUAUCCUCCAACUUCGAACGACUACUCUGGUAUCUCGCAUUCCAAACCAGCACAACAGAAGAAACAAACAGACGCCGAAUGGAAGCCGGAUCAAAAGUCAAAGGCUGGCUAGAAGCACUCAAGAAAGAUGGAGGUUUCGGCGUAGAGAAGGAGAUUCUCGCCGCUGCUAAAAAGGAUUUCGAAUCUGAGCGAGUGAGCGAUAAGCAAACUAUCGAGACGAUCAAGGAAGUCUACAACUGGUCAAUACCUGCUGCUAAGCAUCAAACGAAUGGUAACGCCAAACCAGCGACGACUGGAAUGGUUCACGAUGGACACUAUAUCCUGGAUCCUCACUCUGCAAUUGGUAUUGCUGCCUCUCUUCGACAAGCUCAAACUGUUUCCAAGGAAACACAUCUCAUUUCUCUUGCAACAGCACAUCCUGCGAAGUUCUCGCACGCCGUGGAGCUCGCGUUGCAAGAGGUUCCAGGUUUCACAUUCGAGACUGUGCUUCCAGAGCAAUUCAUUGGACUGGAUAGAUUGGAGAAGCGCAUCACCGAGUCGAAAGCGGAUUGGAAGCAAGUGAGAGAGAUUGUGGUGAGGCAAGUGGAGGAAGAACUCAAGGGGCAGAGGUAGUGGAUAUGUGCUCGGAGCUUGGGAAAUCUACUUGGAAAAUUGAAUGCUGCAUUGAGAGAAGAAGACGACGAGGAAUGCUUGUUGCAACGCUAGAGCACGGUUGUGACUGGUUGAUGAAAGCAUAUAGAUUGGUAUGGACUCCGCAAAUGACGCUGCUGUUCUGGUAGCUUUGAUGUCUUG